UAGCUGCAUAGUAUCAGAAUUUGGCGUUAGGCCUUUCCCUCUUUCGAAAACAUCGAAAGACCAGUUCGCCUUUCCAAUAAAUGGAACAUUAUAAAUAGACGAAGUUGAUAAUUUGCCAAAUUAGCGUUGCUGAACUAUCAGCUCCAUUGAUUUUGGAUGUGUUUUUUCUGCCUUAUCAAUAGUGAUGUUUAGUUGUGAUGUUCAGUUUAGUUUAUGUGAAUAAAGUCCGGGCACUGCAAAGUGCAAUUCCAAUGCAAGACCUGGAAAUGGUGGACGACUAUGGAAAUACCCCGCUAUUGAUGGCUUGUUUCCUGGGCCGGGACCAGUGUGUUGAAAUUUUGGUGCAAAGCGGCGCGAGUCUGAAGGCAAUGAAUUAUUUCGGACAAAACGCACUAACACUAGCCACCUACAGCGGAAAUACUAGAAUUGCUCUCUACUUGAUGAGAUACCGUUCAUACGAGGAUUUCACAGCUUCUUCUAUAAUUCCUCCACUGUGCGUAGCUAUUCUGCGAAAUAAUCAGAAGUUGACAGAAAUAUUUUGUGCAGAAAGUCCAACGGCGGAUAAAAUACGAACGGUUCAUGGUGUUGGCACUAGGGAUAUGGUAAAGAUUUUUAUGGCAAACGAUUCGACGUCUACCAAUAUUCGACUGUGAUAGGACUCUAUUUAACGAAGUUUAAUUUAUUUUUCUUUAUUUUUAUUUUGUUUACUAUUUAAGCAAUGUUGUCCUACAGCGGUAUUAUUAUGUUUCUGUUUUACACUUUAGCUUGUUUUAAUGUUAUAUUUGUCGGUUGGUUCCUUUAUUUUUACUUUAAUCUUUUUGAUUGACGUAUGGGUUCUUCCCUCUUCUGCAAUUUUUCAAAAUAUAUUACACCCUCAAAAUGUUUAUCGACCAAACUUUUUACAAGAUUGAAUAAAUGAUUUGAUACGAUUA